UAAAGUUUGGUUGUCCACAAAAAGGUUAUAAACAGGCCUCCCGCUGGUCGAGAUGCUACUUCCAGUUGUGUGAAAGCUCUAGCAAUAUCAGAGGUUGUCUUUACUUUCAAUAAGGCAAUAUCAUCUGCAUAGGCAAGAUAUUGUAGAGGGCAAACAUGGGAGCAUACCUUGAUAAAUUUGCUGAAGCUAAUGAUGGGGCAGAGGAGAGUACUCCAACAAAAAUCACAAAACUGUUACACCAGAAACGCUUACUGGCCAUAGAUCCUAGAUCUCCAUCAGAAGGCAUAACUAGAACACCUAUCAUUGUAGAGAAAACCCCCGUUCAGCAAAAUGGUCGAUUCAAACUGUGCAGUACUGAAGAUGAAACACCAAAAAUUUCAAGAAGCUUUGAUCGCAUUAAAGAUCCUCGUUCUCCAACAGAUGCAUUUACUAGAACACCUAUCACUGCUGGACUUCUUAACACCAAUAGAAGAUUGUCCCCUCUUGUUGCUGACUUCAAUUCUCCAGCAUCCCAUCAGACUGAGACAGAAUCUGGAAUAGAAUCAGCUGAUGUCACACCAGUGAUGAGCAUGAGGCACAAACUAGCAGAUGAAACUGGCAACUCUCAAAGUCCAGACUCUGCUCUAAGUUUUGAUUCCUGGGGACAACCAUUUGAUAUAAGACACAUUCAAGAUGAACAGAAUUUUGAAGUUGAUUCUUUGGAUCCUAUCAUGUGUGAGGAGGAAGAUGAUGCAGAAAUGGAAGCUAUUGAUGUUACUAGUAGCCCAUCAAUUCAAAGUCAACUCAGUACAGAUGUCAUAUCUACAAGUGCCAGGACAUCUUUAGAGUUACCAAGUGUCCUUACUCCCCAGUUGGCGUCUGCUGCUUCUCACAAGGCUAUCAAUGUUACCAACACACCAAAAUUAUCUCUUUUAGUUAAAAAGACAGGGCCUUUGAUAUGGUCUGAAGGGGUCGUAAGGUCACCACUGUCUACAGUAGACAAUUCAUUGAUUCAAAGAAAAACUGCUGGAGGGAAGAAGUUGAAGCACUCGGGUGUUAUUGAUAAAGAGAAUGUCUUCCAUUGAGGGGACAAUUGUUUUAUACAACCAUCUGCCAUUUGUUCUGACUGUAAGUGGUGAUAAUUCUCUUCAUUUUAAAAUGACACAAGUUGAGUCAAGACAAAGGUUUCUUCUCUCUCAUUCCAUUUGUCUAAGCUCAAAACUGGUCUUUGAAUGAAACAUUUCAAAGUUUGAGAUUCACUGAAUGAAUAACAAAAAAUAUAUGUAGAUAAGGGUUAAUUAGUAGAUAUUUUAAAGUCAACAUUGUAUUCUAUUGAUGUGUGAAAGAGAUGCGCAGUAAUGUUGUAGUCCUGAAUUCUACUGGGAUAUUGUUUGACAUUCAAACUCUCCUAUUGUUUAAAUGUCUAGAAAGACUUAGUACAUGUUUUAGUUAUUUUGCACUCAUGUAAAGAUAAAAAAAAAAAAAACUUGUCACAAUUAUUAAUUUAAAUCUGAUUAAAAAGAAUUCUGUCAUCCUUUAGAUCUGCGAAGAAAAAAACUUGCAAAUGAAUCUUGUACUUUGUUCCAGACAGUUUUUUUUUUUUUGUUUAAAUAGCGCGAUUAAAUUAAAAAAAAUUUUCACUUUCUUAAACUUCCACAGGUGUUUUUCUGUGACUUUGACUUGUUAGUUUUCAAUGUUGAUUAAAAAGACCCUAAGUUGAAAAAAUAAAUGAAAGUUUCCUCAAAGACUUUGAUUUCCACUGUGUAGAGCAUACAUCUCCUUGCUGCAGCUAUAAAAUAAGCUGCUCUUUCAUAGUUCACUUGUCUGUAUACAUUCAGUUCAUAGGAAAAGUCACACACAAAAUGUUGAAAGGAUAGACAUCUGAAUGAGAAAUUAUUUCCUUACAGUAUACUUGAGGAGUUCAUAUUGAAACCUUCAUUUGACUCCCCAAUAUUAUCAAGAAGUGCCUUCCUUUUCUGAUUUGCUCUGAUAUGUAGAUAUAUAAAUAAUUUUUAUUUUUUUUACUUAAAUUUGUGACACCAUUGGGAAUUCAAUGAUGUACAUAUUUUUUUGUACUGCUUCUUUUAUUCACAUUUAUUAUAAAUAUUUGUUUAGGUCUCUGUAGUGGAAUAACAAUCUAUUGUUUGGUCCAAGUUGCUACAAAUAGCAUAAACUGUUUGUUAGUGUACAUUGUGUACUGGCUGAACGUGUAUUGGAGUUAUGUUCUGAAAUUAGAUUCAAAUGGAGACAAUCUUGGAUGCUAUAUAAAACUACUUGGCUAGAUAUUUAGAUAGUAGUGUUCUGCAUUUGGUAUUUGUUGACACUAUUCAGAUAUCUGACUUGUUGUGUUGUCCCUAAGAUUGUUAUGGGAUAUUCAAUCGAUCUAUCAGCAUACUACAACAACAAAAUUGGAAUGCUAUUGUCAAUGUCUUGUUUUCAAGGACCACACUAAGCUUCAUUGGGUAUACUUAAAUGAUAUGGGAAUAAAAAUUCAAGUAUACAUCUGUCUGUAAAAAACUAUAAUCUCAGAGAAAUGUGCAAUGAAAUAGCUUCCAUUUUCAUUUAGUUAUAUGAUUUUUUAAAAUUUAGGCGACCCAAAAGUAAAGAAAACACAAUUUUCACACCAUUGGAUUUUUUAUUUGGAACUUGAGGUUUUAUUUUGUAUUUAUAUAUUUUUGUUGCUCAAUACAUUGUUCACUCAAUCUAUACAUUUUUUUUUUGCUUAUGCAUUAUUACAGGUCGAGGCAAUAGUACUUAAACAUAAUUCUAACCCAUGAUUGCUGUGUCAACACAAAAUAAUUAACCAGCCUUAUGUUUUAUUUUUGUAUAUAGCUUAAGUGUCAGUGAACAGAAUGUUUCAAACAUACAAGCCUGUGUAAAUGUUAAUCACUAUUGUCAUUUUGUAAAAUGUAUUAUACAAUAAACUUGUCGCACAGAGCUGCCCACAUCCAGUGUGACUGGAGAGCCUGGGACUAGGCGGGCAGCUCAAAACUUGUUCCCCUGCAGUUUCAUGUCCUCAGAAGAUUCUUAAUUGCAAGACUCGUGUAACUUUAGUUUGUUGAGUUUGAUUUGAGUCAAAUUGUAGCAAACUGCAAGCUGAUUUUGGGGGGGGGGGGGUGAAAGGGGGGCUUUUUAAAACAAACAAAAAAAAACACUGCUAACCAAAAAUAAUCUCCAGUGCACUAUUAAGAAACUAAAUGUAGCUCUAAAGUUGUGUGUUGAUGAGAUAUUUGGGUAUUUGCAAUCCUCAUUGGACCUACCAUUACUAAAGCUUGUCAUUUGUUCUAUUGGAAUGAAUUGUGCUUGUGGCCAAACCACAAAAAGACAUAGCGGAAUAAGUAACUUGUUUUAUUUUCUUCAAUAUUCUUUACUUUCGAUGCAUUGAUUUGUGUGUUGCCAUUGGAUCUGUUGCAUUGAAACAAUGAAAUAAAAAAAUGUGUAUCUGA